AUGGUGCAACCAAAGUCCCAGAAGAACGUUGGUCUGGGCAAUGCCCUGAUGCACGACCGCUUCGGCAAGGGCAAGGGCAAGGACCGCCGACGAGGAACCAACGCGGUGACGCGCGUGAACCAUACAACAGGCGAGGAAUACAUUACAAAUGAACGCGAGGAGGCGAGCUGGGUCAAAAUGCGCAGUGUCACAGAGCAAGGCGCGCUGGAUGAGUUCCUGGCGACCGCUGAGCUGGCCGGCACCGACUUCACAGCCGAGAAAAUGAACAACGUCAAGAUCAUCCAUACCGACCAGAAGAACCCGUACCUGCUUUCAGCCACGGAGGAGCGUAAGACGCUCAAGAAGCACAAGGAAAACAGGGAAAAGUUGACGGUCCCAAGGCGGCCGAAGUGGGAUGAGAAUACCACGCCUGAAGAGCUAGACGCACUGGAGAGGGAGAGCUUCCUGAACUGGAGAAGAGGUCUGGCUGAGUUGCAGGAGAACAAUGACCUUCUCAUGACACCUUUUGAGCGGAACUUGGAGGUGUGGAGGCAGCUUUGGCGUGUCAUUGAGAGGUCAGAACUCGUGGUGCAAAUCGUCGAUGCCCGCAACCCUCUUAUGUUCCGUUCCGAGGAUUUGGAGCACUACGUCAAGGAUGUGGAUCAGCGGAAAGAGAAUCUGCUACUCAUCAACAAGGCGGAUAUGAUGACCUACAAGCAACGAAAGGCGUGGGCGAAUUAUCUGAAAGGCGCCAAGAUCGCGUACAGAUUCUUCUCAGCACAAUUGGCCAAGGAAUACAAUGAGUUAAGAGAAGAAGAUGAAGGGGAAGAAGAAGAUGAAGAAGAGGACGAUCAGGCACCGCCAAGUAGUUCGCGAGCUGCGGAGGAUGAGGCAGAAGAGGAAGACGGAGACGUGGAUAAAGCAGCCCAAGACGGGGAUGCUCCAGUAUCCGAAGAGGAUGACGAGGAUACUAGGAUCAUGACGGUGGAGGAACUGGAAAGCAUAUUCUUGCAGCAUGCACCCGCCAACUCCUCGGCAGAUCACAAAAUCACCAUUGGACUUGUCGGCUACCCCAACGUUGGUAAAUCAUCGACGAUCAACGCCCUCGUCGGAGCCAAAAAGGUCUCGGUCUCAUCUACACCAGGAAAGACCAAGCACUUUCAGACGAUACACCUCAGCGACAGGGUUGUGCUAUGUGACUGUCCCGGUCUUGUCUUCCCCAACUUUGCCACCACAAAGGCAGAGCUGGUGUGCAAUGGCGUCCUGCCUAUCGAUCAGCUGCGCGAGUUCACUGGACCAGGAGCCCUGGUCGCCAAGCGGAUUCCCAAGAGCUUUCUGGAAGCUCUUUACGGUAUCACGAUACACAUGCGACCGUUGGAAGAGGGCGGCACCGGUGUGCCUACAUCCCAAGAACUUCUCAGAGCGUACGCUCGCGCAAGAGGUUUUGCCACCACAGGCCAGGGCAACCCAGACGAGUCUCGCGCGGCGCGAUAUAUACUCAAGGACUAUGUCAACGGCAAGCUGCUCUGGGUGGAGCCGCCGCCAGGAGAUAUUGACGCGAAGGAGUUCAACGGCGAGCUGUAUGACCCGUCUCACCUGACUGGGAAGCGGCGGCUUGCACUUGCGGCUGCCAUGGAGGCCAUGUCAGUCGCCGGCGGAGAAGACGAUAGCGAGUUUGGCGAUCUUGACAUGGCCUCGUUGCAACCAGCGGGAGCCAAGUCGAAAACCCUCGACAAGAACUUCUUCGGCCCUGGGAGUGGGAAUGCAGGACAUCUGGGGCGGCCGUUCAGCUACAAGUACACCCAGCAGGGCAAGGUUGCGACUGCUGCGACUGGUGGCAAGCACUUGAGCGGACGCAAGGCUCGUGCGAUGAUCGCGUUGGAGAACGGGCUGGAUCCCAAGGAUGUGCAGCUCAGCAUGUCUGGCAAGAAGCACUUCAAGGGCGGACAAAAGGCAAAGGGCAAGAAACAAACGGAUAAGCUGGAUGACGAUUUCUGA